UACUCCGUCUUCCUCAGCACAGACGUUCUUUACUGUGAAACAGAGUUCUUCUUCAGAGACAUCACCGACGAUCCAUCAAUCAUCGUAGCUACUUUCGCACCAAUUUUUCUUAGAGAGAAGGAAUCGAUGGCAGGAAAAGGGGAAGGGCCGGCGAUCGGCAUCGACCUGGGGACGACGUACUCGUGUGUCGGCGUCUUUCAACACGACAGGGUCGAGAUCAUCGCCAACGACCAGGGCAACAGGACGACGCCCUCCUACGUCGCCUUCACCGACACCGAGAGGCUGAUCGGCGACGCCGCCAAGAACCAGGUCGCCAUGAACCCCACGAACACCGUCUUCGAUGCGAAGCGGUUGAUCGGGAGGAGAUUCAGCGACCCUACGGUCCAGGGUGACAUGAGGCACUGGCCGUUCAAGGUCGUUGCUGGUCCUGGCGACAAGCCCAUGAUUGUCGUCAACUACAAGGGCGAAGAGAAGCAGUUUGCUGCGGAGGAAAUCUCGUCCAUGGUCCUCACGAAGAUGCGCGAGAUCGCGGAGGCAUAUAUCGGGACGAACAUCAAGAAUGCCGUCGUCACGGUCCCUGCCUACUUCAAUGACUCGCAGAGGCAGGCCACGAAGGAUGCCGGCGUCAUUGCCGGCCUCAAUGUUAUGCGUAUCAUCAACGAACCGACUGCGGCGGCCAUCGCCUAUGGUCUUGACAAGAAGGCGACCAGCACUGGAGAGAAGAAUGUGUUGAUUUUUGAUCUUGGGGGUGGUACUUUCGAUGUUUCUCUGCUUACUAUUGAAGAGGGUAUCUUCGAAGUGAAGGCCACGGCUGGAGACACACAUCUUGGCGGCGAGGACUUUGAUAACCGAAUGGUCAACCACUUUGUGCAGGAGUUUAAGAGGAAGCAUAAGAAGGACAUCAGUGGAAAUCCCAGAGCUCUGAGGAGAUUGAGGACUGCUUGUGAAAGGGCGAAGAGGACUCUCUCCUCGACCGCUCAAACGACUAUUGAGAUCGACUCUCUUUACGAGGGUGUUGAUUUUUAUACCACCAUCACUCGGGCCAGGUUCGAGGAGCUGAACAUGGACCUCUUCAGGAAGUGUAUGGAGCCCGUGGAGAAGUGCCUGAGAGAUGCCAAGAUGGACAAGGGCAACGUGCAUGAUGUUGUUCUUGUGGGUGGUUCUACUAGGAUCCCCAAGGUGCAACAGCUACUGCAGGACUUCUUCAACGGGAAGGAGCUGUGCAAGAGCAUCAACCCUGAUGAGGCCGUGGCCUACGGGGCGGCGGUCCAAGCGGCAAUUCUGAGUGGCGAGGGCAAUGAGAAGGUGCAAGAUAUAUUGCUCUUGGACGUUACUCCCCUCUCUCUUGGUUUGGAAACCGCCGGAGGUGUCAUGACUGUCUUGAUCCCGAGAAACACCACCGUACCCACCAAGAAGGAGCAGGUCUUCUCGACCUACUCAGACAACCAACCCGGCGUCCUCAUCCAGGUUUACGAGGGUGAGAGAGCGAGAACCAGGGAUAACAACUUGCUGGGCAAGUUUGAGCUCUCGGGCAUUCCUCCAGCUCCUAGGGGCGUUCCCCAGAUUAACGUCUGCUUCGACAUUGAUGCUAACGGCAUAUUGAAUGUCUCAGCUGAGGACAAGACCACCGGCCAGAAGAACAAGAUCACGAUCACGAACGACAAAGGAAGGCUGUCGAAGGAGGAGAUUGAGAAUAUGGUGCAGGAAGCUGAGAAAUACAAGGCCGAGGACGAGGAGCACAAGAAGAAGGUGGACGCGAAGAACGCACUUGAGAACUACGCCUACAACAUGAGGAACACCAUCAAGGACGAGAAGAUCAGCGCCAAGCUCCCCGCUGCGGACAAGAAGAAGAUCGAGGAUGCCAUCGAGGAAGCUAUCCACUGGUUGGACAGCAACCAGCUCGCCGAGGCGGAUGAGUUCGAGGACAAGAUGAAGGAGCUUGAAGGCAUCUGCAACCCCAUAAUUGCGAAGAUGUACCAAGGUGCUGGUCCGGACAUGGGCGCCGGCGGGAUGGAUGAAGAUGUUCCUCCUGCAGGGGGUAGCGGCGCUGGCCCCAAGAUCGAGGAGGUCGAUUAAGGAGAGGUAGGGCCGAUGUCUGAGGAUGCUAGGUGGUGGUGGUGGCGUAUCUGAGAUUUUUAUUUUUCCCUUCGUGUUUAAGUGGUAAUUUUGGGUUUCUUUCGAGUCGUGGAAGAAACCUUAAUCGUUGAAGGUCGUGUUGUUUCUCUUUUUUAAUGUUU